AUGAAGAACCCAAUGCUGGAGGCUGUGUCCCUGUUGCUGGAGAAGCUGCUCCUCAUCGCCAACCUUAAGAUCUUCAGUUCCGCCGCUCCAGGUGAAGACAAGAAAAGCAAUUUUUACGAGAUUAAUUCUUUCCUCCGCGGUGACGUGCUGGAGGUGCCUCGGACUCACUUCACCCACUAUGGUAUCUAUUUGGGGGACAACCGCGUGGCCCACAUGAUGCCCGACAUCCUUUUGACCCUGACCGACGACCAGGCGCUCACUCGAAAGGUAGUCUCCAACAAGCGACUCAUCCUGGGCGUCAUUGGCAGAGUGGCGGCCAUCCGCGUGGAUACGGUGGAGGACUUCGCUUAUGGAGGCGACAUCCUGGCCAAUCACCUGGAUGAAUCCCUGCAGAAGGCGGCACUGGUCAAUGAGGAGGUGGCGCGGCGAGCAGAGAAGAUGCUGGGCAUGACCUCCUACAGCCUACUGUGGAACAACUGUGAGCACUUCGUGACCUACUGCCGAUAUGGCACCCGGAUCAGUCCCCAGGCAGACAAGUUUUGUGAGAUUGUGAAGAUCAUUAUCCGUGAUCAGAGAAGUGUUCUUGCUUCAGCAGUCUUGGGAUUGGCUUCUAUCAUCUAUCUGGGAAUGGCAUCAUAUACAACACUUCCUGCAAUUUUUAUUCCAUUCUGCUUGUGGAUGGUGGGCUAA